CGCGAGCGAGCUGUGUUGUAAACAGAGUCCCGAAGUUUCUUUUUAUGUUUUUUAUCUAUUUUUUUUUUUUUUUAAGAAAUAUUUUAUUUUUAUUUUUAUUUUUACAUUUAAUUUACGAUGAAAAAGCGUCACCAUGGAGAUUUUUUAUUUAAUUAUUUAUUUUUCCUCCGCACCCUUUAUAUCCCGAAACUAGCCGCUUGUUCUAACUAGCCAAAGCUAAAUAGUGCUAACGUCCAGCUCGCGAGCUCGUAGCGUCAGACACAGCGGAGCAGGCUGCAGGUCUGAGGAGCUUCUUAUCUCCUGGUUCUGGAGCCUGUUUGAGAUGGAUGUGGACGUCACGCGCAUCAUCUCAGACCUUCACUGAACACCAGCAGAGUGAGCGUGUGGUUAAGAUGGUGAAAAUGUUCCCGGUGAAAGGGCUCUGCUCUCGCUCCUCGUUCUUCGUGGGGUUCCUGGUGGGCACGUGUUCUCUCUACAUGAUCCUGCAACAGGCCUGGUUCUUGCAGAACGCCAACCUGCGACAUGAAGACGUGGAGGUGAGGAGACUGGUGGAGGAGCAGAAGAACUGGAGGAAGGAGAAGUCGGCGCUGUUUAAUCUCAACCACCCGCACCACAUCGGUGAGGACAGUGGCCUGGCAGAUGCCCUGUACAAGCGUGUACGUAUUCUGUGUUGGGUGAUGACGGGUCCCAGCAAUCUGGAGAAGAAAGCUCGUCACGUGAAGGCCACAUGGAGUCGGCACUGUAACAUCGUGUUGUUCAUGAGCUCGGUGGAAGACCCGGACUUCCCCACCGUCGGACUCAACACCAAGGAGGGCCGCGACCAGCUGUACUGGAAGACCAUCAACGCCUUCCACUACGUGCAGGAGAAGCACGCCGACGACGCUGACUGGUUCCUCAAAGCUGACGACGACACGUACGUGGUGGUGGACAACCUGCGCUGGGUUCUGGCCAACCACUCGUCGGACGAGCCCGUGUACUUCGGGCGCCGCUUCAAGCCCUACAUCAAGCAGGGCUACAUGAGCGGCGGCGCCGGGUACGUGCUGAGCCGCGAGGCGCUCAGGAGGUUCGUGGAGGGCUUUCGCACCAAAUCAUGUAGUCAUUCGUCCUCGGUGGAGGACCUCGCCCUGGGAAAGUGCAUGGAGAAAAUGGGCGUGAUUGCCGGAGAUUCCCGGGACACGGUCCAGAGAGAGACGUUCCAUCCGUUUGUUCCGGAUCAGCACCUCACUAACAAAUUCCCCAAGAGCUUCUGGUACUGGAACUACUGCUACUACCCCAUUGUCGAGGGUCCUCAGUGUUGCUCAGACCUGGCCGUGUCGUUCCACUACGUGAACGCACAGAUGAUGUACCUGUUGGAAUAUUACACCUACCACCUGCGUGCCUUCGGGUAUCAGUACCGCUACCAGCCCCCUGAGCUGAACCCCAUCCCGCUGUCGCAGCAGAAAGAAGACACGGAGUUAGCGGAAGCAGAACAACACCCCGAACCUGAACGCAACAACAUCUAAAACAUUAUUUUUGUCCAUUUUUCUGCAAUCCUGGAGUUAUUUGAUUUUAUUUUAUUAAUGCAGAGGGCGGGACACAUGGUAUUUUCUGGUGGCUCUUUAUUCAUGUGUGUGAAUCUUGUAUUACAUUUUGAGUCACAUAUGUGUGUGUGUGUGUGUGUGUGUGUGAGAGUUACUUUUGAUGGUAUGUACAAAUUCUAUAAAAAGUGUUUACUUGAGUGAUGACAGCUUAAAUAUGUAUAGUGCCUCAACAGGUGUGUGUGUGUGUGUGUGUGUGUGUGUGUGUGUGUGUGUGUGAGUGAAAGAGAGAGAGAAAGAAAGAAAGACUCAGGUAUGUCUAGGCUCAUCCCCAAUGCCUUCUAAAAAUUCUAGACCAAAUGAACCCCCCGCCCCAUUAUGUAUUUUUGUUUUCCAUCCACCUAAAACAAGUUUUGUCGAACAGGUCAUGUAGGCGGAGCUACAGGUUGUGAUGUCACAAAAUGAUAGAAAAUGCUAAUUAUUGACAGAUCACUUGUAGGCUCGGAGCCUGACUCUUUAAAUUAGGAUCGGAGUUUUGAUUGGCGUAUUUGUGCAUCUCCACGUUUUUUUGGUUUCUCUGAUAGUUUCUUGUGCGUUGAAUGUUAUGUGAUUUUGUACACGGUUAUUUUAUGCCACUUGAACGGAUUAUUUUGUUACGUGAAUAUUUGAUAUAACCGGUGUAAUGUACGUAAGCGUAAAAUGUACGAAUUGUACCAGAUUCUCUUAAUGUAAUAGCAGACGAUGAUCCGUGAGGCGGACAGUGUCGUUAUAAUCUCUAUAAUCUCUAUGGUGGUGUAAACAAAUAUUGGAUGAGAACUUGGUGGAAGAGGUGGAGGUGGACCUGCUGAACCUGUCCUCCUGCUCCACUUUGUGGUUUUAUCUCUUUUGUACCGUGAACAUCAAUGUGUGUGUCUCAUCAAACACACUUCAUGAGGAUGAAAGGUGCACUUUGAUGCUAAUCUCUCUCCCCUGGAUGUGUAGCAUGGGAUAAAAGGAUGGAUUUGGAGAGAAGAGAAAACGAAUACAUUUUAUUUGUUUUGAGAGACGUAUUAAAGAUUGAAUAAUUUGCAGAAUAGGACUAGUUGGAGAGUGAUGUGAAUCCCUUGCUGACAGCCAUGCCCCGUUCUCAGCCACGCCCCAAUGCACUUGUUUAUGCCUGUUUCCUGUAUACACGCAGGAUUUUUUAUAUAUAUAUAUAUAUAUAUAUAUAUAUAUAUAUAUAUAUAUAUAUAUAUAUAUAUAUAUAUAUAUAUAUAUAUAUAUAUAUAUAUAUAAAAUGUAUGUAUAUAAAAUAUCUUAAUAAUAAUCUUCAUUGCAAAGCCUGAUCUUUUGGUACGUGGUGAAACGUUUAAAUGACGUGUUUUCUUCCGAAAACCAUUCAUAUGGAUGUUUUCAUUUUUAAUCUUUAACCUCCCAGCACUGGAGUAAUACAGUAAACUUCAUCUCCCUCCACUGGCUUCCUGUAACCGCCCGCAUUAAAUUUAAGGCUUUGAUGCUCAUGUAAAAGACCUUGUCUGGAACAGCGCCCCCUACCUCAACUGUCUCCUGAAGGCUUACGUUCCUCAAUGCUUCUCUUUCAUCUUGUCGGAUCUGAUGCGUAUAUACACAAGAAUUCUUGUUGGCAAGAAUGGAAUGCUAGUUCUGCCACCCACUGAUAAAUGUUACUAUGGCAACCAUCAGCAGGAACGCGUCCUGGCAAUAUCAUAGUAGAGCGAGUGGCGACUCGCGGUGAUAAAAUGGCUGUGUGUGUGGACGCAGCCUGAACGUUUCAUGAUUAUGUUCUGUGAAAAUAACUAACGUCUGCCCGCAAGUCCUCCGUUUUAACUGAGUUUGUCAUGGACGUGCUUCCUGCUCUUUUCCAAACUGCCUCCGUUUUAUAUUCGCACGCAGCGGAGAGAGAUUAGUGCACUCGUUUGAAAGAAAUAAACACCACAGUGCACCUUUUAACGUCAGUUUCUCACGAGAAAGCACUUUUAAAAUAAACAAAAAUCCACGCCGGAGAUGUUAAAAAGUGAUUAGUACAUGGGCUUUGGCUCCAAUUAACCCUGAAGUGUUUCAUUUUAUCGGUAUGGAGACCAAAUUGGUGUUACUGAUGUCUGAUGAUGAUUACGAUCAGUACACAGUGUUCUUGUUUGUUUUUUUGGUCUUUCUGAAGGUUAUUAGGUUUAUUUCUGAGUUUUCUGUAACAUUAGCAUAAUCAUUGUUUGUUUGAUUUUAGAACAAUGCUGAGCUGAAAUGUCUCGAGUGUAAAAUCAAACUGGAUUAACUUUAAUAUUUUUGAUUUUCUGAUUGUUUUGUCUACGGGAGCAAAUUUGGGAAGAGUGAUGUUAAGAUUUCUUCGCUCUGUGUUAAUAUAUUAAUAUUUUCAUAUCUAAAAGUGUGUGUGAGAGAGAGAAGGAAAAUUGAGCAGCAUAUUUACAGGAGUCUUUAUUUAUAGAUUCAGAAAUGAACAGAAUCACAGAUAUGAAGACACAUAUAUUUAAUAAAUGAUUAUUUUACUGUAAACUGUCGAGUUUUUCCCCCCUUUAAAAAAAAAAGUUAUUUAUAAAAUGAUAAAAAUCUGAAUAAGGUAGAGAAGCGCCGUUCUCACAUUCUAGGGCUUCACUGAAUUUUAACAGGUGGGUCGCCAAUACUUCUGCAAACAGGGAGUUUUGCACUCCCUAAGAAGUUUCUUAUAUUUUGAGGAUGGAAAAAACCCCCAAUGUUUAUCGAUCGCGUAUUUAACCAGUCGUUUAACAGUAACUUUGUUUAUAACUCCCCUUCCUUAAUAAGUAUUGGCACCCUUCAUUUAAAAUUGUCCGUAUCCAUAUGUGUGGAUGCUGUAUCAUUUUGUUUUAAAAUUUUUAACAUCAGAAUAAAGUUUUCUUCUUAGAGAGUCCAAUUUUUUCCCAAUAGAGUUUGCUGAGUGCAAAACUAUUGGCACUCCACCCAUUCAAGCGUUGGUGACCAUAGCUGUCGAGCAAGAUUGGAGAGGAUCUUGGAACGCUCUCCAGGCAUCCACUUUAAGUUUAGUUAUACUCUCAGGUUUGUUCUUGGUGACCGUCAUUUUUAAAUCCCGCCACAGGUUUUCCACAGGAUUUGAACCCGGAGACUGAGUUCGCACAAUUGUGUUCUACAACCUUUUCUGUUUUGAUUGAAGUGUUCCUUGGAUCAUCGACUUGUUGAAAGAACCAUCUAUGGUCAAGUCUUAACCUACUUGCAGAGGCAACCCUGUUUUGGGGUCUGGGACUUGACGGAUCAUAGACCCAAUCCGUGGCUAAUUUUAAACUGUUCUAUAUUUAUAACGUUUUCUUUUUAUUAUGUCUAUUACCGCGUUUAUUGUGCAGACCAAUAACUCUCUGUAAUUUAUAUUGAAACCUGUAGCUUUGUUUGUUUUUUUCUUCAUGCUGAUGGAUGACUGAGUUAAUUUUUGUUAUACUUCUCUAUUAGCAGGAAAUGAGUGAGUGUGGACUCAGACCAAUUUAAAUAUAACAACUACUAUGUGUUUUUUCAAAGA